AUGGCCGAGUCCCAGCUCGUGUGUAUGGAGGACGGACACAUCGGAGUCAAGGUGCCGGAGUCCAAACCGGAGUUUUACUACAGCGAGGAGCAGCGAGCCGCCCUGGAGGAGCUGCUGAAGAACGGCGAUGGUGCGUUCAAGACCCGCCUGAAAGAUGACAAAAUGACAGACUUUCUGUCCGCCAGAGAAGUCAAGGUGUUGACGAGCUCCUUCAGGAACUACGACUCAGAGGCAGACACCGGCCGCAGCAAAGCCGAGGACCGGGGGGACGUGGACUCCGGGGUUCACUCCACCUACUGGCCCCAGAUGUCGGACACGGAGGUCCCGCAGCUGGACAUCGGCUGGCCCAGCGGGGGUUUGUUCAAGGGAGUGACGCGUGUGGCCGUGCACACGCACCCGCCAAAGGAGAAUGGACCGCACAUCAAGGAGGUGGUGAGGAGGCUCAUACAGGAGGCCAGCAAGGCGAUAGCGAUCGUGAUGGACCUGCUCACAGAUCUGCAGAUCCUGCAGGACCUGAUGGACGCGGCGUUCCGGCGCUCUGUCCCCAUCUACAUCCUGUUGGACAACCAGGGCGUGCCACACUUCCUGGAUAUGUGCUCCAGGCUGCAGAUUGGUGCGCCGCACCUUCGACAAAUCCGGGUCAGAACCCUGCAGGGAGUCGGAUUUUAUAUGUCAUUUGGAAAACUGCCUGGGUCGCUGUCUAACAAGUACAUGCUGAUAGACGGGGACAAAGUGGUGUUUGGCUCCUACAGCUUCAUGUGGGCAACAUCCCGUAUGGACCGCAACAUGAUCACCGUCAUGACAGGACAGGUGGUGGACUUCUUCGACCGCGACUUCCGCGAACUCUACGCCAUCUCUGAGAACCUGGACCUCUACAAGGAGUUCAACGUCAGCCGACCGGCCGCUGGUUCCACCGCCACCAUCCGCUCUAAGGUGGGACCCAAACGCCCGCCCUUACCGGCCACCACGUCCCGUUUCCAGGUCAGCCUGGGGGACUCGCCAAGGGAUAAAAUUGAGGUACCGGCACACAAAUACUACAACCCCAAAUACUCACUGGCGUUUGGAGACGCCCUGCGGCCGACGGGAUCUCUGCAGGAGAAAGGCCCGAAGAGAGGAUCGACGAUGGCGAGGCUCGCCGAGGAGCUGGACGAUGGAACGCCGCGGGUGACAACCAGUGAGAAAGGGGAACGGCUGAGUCCGCUGCCCUCCGACGCCCCCAGUGACACCUUCAAAAGAGAACGGGGUGAGACGCUGAACAAGAAAGGAAAGCAGACCCUGAAACAGAAGCUGUUCGGCAGGAAAUCCUCCAAUCAACCCACGAAGCAGAACCUCCCGAACAGCACCUCAGCCACGAGACAAAGUGAACUUAGAAGGACUGAGGAGGGGGAGGAGAAGGUGGAGGUGGUCGGGAGAGAGUCGUCCAGAUGGAAGGGGAAGAAAAUGGGCAAGAAGACGGAGUCUCAGCAGACCAUUAACGCUGUGCAUGACAACGAGAGUGUUAAAAGUCGGGGGCGUGGAAAAAAGAAGUGUACAAUUUCCUGAGGUGAAGCGGCCACUGUCCACAAGAGUGCAGUCACGUCACCAUUACGUACAUGGACUGGAGUGAUUGAAUUACACCUCACGUCGAACAUUGUUUUUGUUUUUUUUCUGCCCAGUGCCUGUAACAACGACCAUUGAAUGUUCAACCAAUCAGGUACUGGCGUUUAUCUGUGUCUUUAGCGUCUGUUAAAAGAGUUUUUUCCUGGUGAUCACUGAACACCACAGCCUUUCUGGGGCUUUAAACACAGUGGGUUUCAUGCUCCCUCUAGUGGACGUGUUGGUGCACACGUUGUAAAGCGUGUUUUUACAAGUUUUUUUUUUUUUACAGGUUUAGAAAAAUAAUGAAUUUAGAAGAAGAAAAGACUCAGUGAAUCACGGUGUGAAUCACAGUGUGAAUGGUGUGAACAACUGGAGUCUUUAAAGAAUACUACGGGGAAAAAAAGUGCCUUGUUAACGCUGUGUUAGCCACUUUAACAUUUGUUUUGUUUUAAGUUUUUUUAUUUUUAUAUUGACACACAGCACUAUCAGGGCUGGCCUUCAGGGACCAAUCAGGGUCUAAUCCCCCCCCACCUACCCCCCCUCCCUGAUGGACUCUGAAGAUCCAGACCUGAAUGAAAAACCACUGUGAACACAAACAGCGUUGCAGCAGUUUUAGACCUGAAGUGUUGCUUCUUCUUCUUCUCUCUCGUAUUUCCAGUACAUCUGUUUUUUCUCGGCAGAAAACAUAUCUUACAGUGUUGCCUUCAAAUGCUACAAGUUCUUGGGACAAAUGGGAAUAAUCAAUAGAUGGACGGCUGGAUCCAUGGAAAGAAACCAAAGGCCUGAUGGGAACUCGAGGGUCGGGCUGGUGGCGUAGGUGGGGAGAUAAAGACGAGGGAUUGCAAACCAAACCUGUCGCAACAGCGAAACACGAAGUCAGAGCUGCAACAGGAAGUGACACUCUUAAAUUACUUCAGUGACGAGUUUAGCCGCAGCAGCACAGAGUUGGUGUUUCCUGUGCUUCUAUGAUCACAGUGAUGCUUCUACGUGGGGCUGUUUUUUCAUCCUCACAGUUUCUGGAAACACCAGUUAAAUCUAACCUGGGACCAGUGACUUUUAUCGUGUACAAAAAUAGAUUUUUUUUUUCUUUGUUUUUGGCAAUCAGCGUAGGCAAAGGAGGUCACGACGUAGGCAGAGUACGGCUACACUGAAGAUUAACCA